AUGGUACAUGCCCCUGAUUAUCGAUCAGGCAGCAUGCAUGAUGCGUCGGUCUCUGCCGCUCUACUAUCUCAAGAUGCUCUGCCACUCUCAGCCGUGGGAUCCACUUUCUCGGUGGGUGCAGAAGCGCUACGUUUUGACAUGGGCCAUCAUCACACUGUCAACGUAGCAUCUUAUCGCGCUCUUCUGAACGGACUGGUGCAUACAAUGUGCUUUGAAUUGCCGCAGUUAGAGCAAUUUAGUAUCAUGAACUUCGCAAAGUCAAGGUGGCACUCGAAUCUGGCAGGAACACCGUACAUACUCCAGGAGCUGACAAUGAGACCUGUUCCACAAGCUUUGACAACGCUAGACCUGCAGCUGGAUAUGUCAACUCAUAAUACGGGUCUCCACUUGGCACAGGUUAGUGAACUGAUUGGAAGAAACCCGAACCUGAAGGUGUUUAAACUAUGUGCGGGUCCGGAUAUGGAAUUUUACCAUCGUUUGUACAACAAGAACUGGGCUCAUUUACUUGAGGCGCUUGGUUCCGACCCCCCGUUUCGCCUGCAUACUCUCGAAAUUGACGGACUUAUUGCUAGCACCACCGCACCAACUCUCGAUCGCAUCAUCGACGUGCACUCGUCCAACCUCCGCCGUCUGGUCCUCAAAAACACGAACUUCUGCCCGCCAAAUUCGCUCGGCGCUUUUUUCAACGCGUUAGCUAAUUCAGAAGUACGAUACUAUGCAUGGAAGCAGUUUAUGGUUCCUCAGGCCAUCUGUCUCAUGAGCAGCCGCUUGCUGUGCUCGAUAGUUCCAGAUGAGGCUUUGACGCCUACAUAUUAUAAUGGCUUAGCACCUGAAUCUGACAAAGACUGGGUACAUAUAACACGGGAUUUUGUCGACAAUGAUGGUUUAUUUGUAUGGGACGAUUAUGACGAAUCAAUGGAAAAAGGCGGCAUUAAGUCAGCCUUCAGAGGCGUGGGCAUAGCCAUAAAAUGCGGUGCGAUCGAGUGUAUUUAG